AUGCGUCACCGAGGAGGCAAGCUGCCAGUUGUGCCUUGUCCACAGACGGAGGAUCCCAGCCAGGCCUGGCUGUUCGCUGGGGGGACUUUGGGUGAGCGUCACUCCAGAAGAGAUUCCCGGAUUGUGCCCAUGGGCAUCGCCAGGUUGGCAGAUGUGAUUAAGGAGGAGGCUGCGGAGGCCGUGAGCUCAUUCCCUCUGCGACAGUAUCGAGACCGCGUCAUAGCCCUGGACGCAUCCAUUGCCAUUUACCAGUUCCGCACGGCCAUGCCGAAGCUCUUCAACCGCAACGGGGAGAACAUCAGUCACUUGCAGGGGCUGUUUUACCGGACGCUGCAUCUCCUGGAAAAUGGCAUCAAACCGGUGUUUGUGUUUGACGGGCAGCCCCCUGACCUCAAACAGCCACUGUUGGCCAGGCGGGCGGAGGCUGCCGGGGCUAGGAGAGACACUGCAGAGUCCCGCCGGGCUGAAAACCUGCCGCGGCCCCUGAAGCAGGAUUGCGAGACCCUGCUGAGCUACCUGGGUGUGCCAUAUGUGCAGGCUCCGGCUGAGGCAGAAGCAACCUGCGCGGCUCUGGUGAAGUCUGGCAAGGUUUGGUGCACGGCCACGGAGGACAUGGACGCGCUGCCUUUUGGGAGCCUCCGCCUGAUCCGCCGCCUGAGCUCCAAGAACAACUGUGAAGUAGAAGAGUUUUCCCUGCCUGUCAUUCUGCAGAAGCUGGGCAUGACUCAGGAGCAGUUCGUGGACCUGUGCAUCCUGCUGGGCUGUGACUACUGUGGGAAGAUCUGGCGGCUGGGCCCCAAAAAGGCCCUCAAGCUGCUGCAGCAACAUGGGACAAUCGAGCAGGUUCUCCAGAACAUCGACCCGCAGAAGCACCCGCUGCCCGCCAACUGGGACCUGGAGGGAGCUCGCAGGCUCUUCCUGCAGCCGGAGGUGGCCGACCCGGGCCGGAUAACGCUGGAGUGGCGCGACCCCGACCCAGAGGGGCUGGUGCGGUUCCUCGCCCAUGAGAAGCACAUGAAGUGCCUGGCCCCCGGCCCAGCAGGAAGAGACAGAAACCGCAGGUGGGGACGCCCGGGGAAGCGGGCAGCCCGGAGCCGGGAAAGUGAGAUGCUGGCCUUGCUCCUGCUCCCGCCACAGUGCCCAUACGCUGCCGUCUGCUCUCCUCCAGGCCGUCUGCCAGCCAUGCCCAGUGGGCAGCUGGGGCAACAUGCCGGGAGCCCAGUGGCUGCACCUCAUGGGACGGACGGAACCAAAUCGCAGCCGCUCUCCGCUUUAAUACCCAGGUGCAGGCCAUGCUCCAGCAUGCGAUACGGCCCAGACAAGGCACUGCAUGCUGGGAGCUCUCUGCUGCACCCAGACCUGCCCCGGUGCCAGGCCCUGCUGGGCAUGGCCACGCUGCAGCUGGACGUGAGCCUCACGUGUCCCCGACUGGUGCCAGCGGCACUCGUGCCACAAAGAGCAGGGGAGAUUUCCGGCUCCCCAGCCUAG